GUCUGUUGUUGCGACCAAAACUAAACUUGAACUAAACUUGAUUGAUAUUUACUUUUAAGAUAGCAGCACUAACUAGACUGUAAAUGCGGCUCCUCAAGCCGGCGUGGGUGCAUCACGAUGACAAGCAGAUAUUCUCGGUGGACAUCCACCAGGAUUGCACCAAGUUCGCCACCGGCGGCCAGGGCAGCGACUGCGGUCGCGUGGUCAUCUGGAACCUGCUGCCGGUGCUCUCCGACAAGGCGGAAUGCGAUGCGGAGGUGCCCAAGAUGCUCUGCCAGAUGGAUCAGCAUCUGGCCUGCGUCAACUGCGUCCGCUGGUCGCAGAAUGGCCAGAAUCUGGCCUCCGGCUCCGACGACAAGCUCAUCAUGAUCUGGCGCAAGAGUGCCGGUUCCAGUGGGGUUUUCGGUUCAGGCGGCAUGCAAAAGAACCACGAGUCCUGGAAAUGCUUUCACACGCUGCGCGGUCAUGAUGGUGAUGUUCUGGACCUGGCCUGGUCCCCCAAUGACAUUUACCUGGCCAGCUGCAGCAUUGACAACACGGUGAUCAUCUGGGAUGCCCAGGCCUUUCCCCAUUCCGUCGCCACACUCAAAGGACACACUGGAUUGGUGAAGGGCGUCUCGUGGGAUCCGCUGGGCCGCUUCCUGGCCUCGCAGUCCGACGACAGGAGCAUCAAGAUCUGGAGCACCCUCGACUGGAACCUCUCGCACACGAUUACCGAGCCCUUCGAGGAGUGCGGCGGCACUACGCACAUUCUGCGGCUCUCCUGGUCGCCCGAUGGCCAGUAUUUGGUCUCCGCCCAUGCCAUGAAUGGCGGCGGACCCACCGCCCAGAUCAUCGAACGCGAGGGCUGGAAGUGCGACAAGGAUUUCGUGGGCCACCGCAAGGCGGUGACUUGUGUGAGGUUCCAUAACUCCAUUCUCCGGCGGCAGGACAACGAUGGCAGUCCCAGCAAGCCGCUGCAGUACUGCUGUUUGGCUGUGGGCUCUCGCGAUCGCUCGCUCUCCGUCUGGAUGACCGCCCUGCAGCGUCCCAUGAUCGUUAUCCACGAGCUCUUCAACGACAGCAUCCUCGAUUUGUCCUGGGGCCCACAGGAAUGCCUGCUGAUGGCCUGCAGCGGCGACGGCAGCAUUGCCUGCUUGAAAUUCAGCGAGGAGGAGCUGGGCAAGGCCAUUUCCGAGGAGGAGAAGAACGCCAUCAUACGCAAAAUGUACGGCCAGAGCUAUGUGAAUGGUCUGGGCAAGAACACAUCGCUGGCGGAGCACCCGAAGCCAGCGAAAUUCCCGCUGGGCAACCAGCAACCGAUAAGCAAGCAAACGGAGACGCGGACCAAGGAUGGCAAGCGACGGAUCACGCCCAUGUUUAUACCGCUUCACGAAGAUGGUCCCAUAUCGCUGAACUCGCAGAUUGUGUCCAGCAGCAGCGGACCGGCGAUUACAGCGGCCGUCUCUUGUGUCUCGCCUCCCGCGGAGGGCGGCGCGGCCACGCCCCUAAUGCCGCUGGAGCCGCUGGUCAGCAAGGCGGAUCUGGGCCGCCUCGAUUCGCGACUGAAGACCAGCCAACCCGCCAGCCAGCGCCGCCAGUCGCUGCCCUUUGAUCCCGGCCAAACCAGCGAACUGCCGCGAUCUCCGCGUUUGGAGGAGCACCAGAGCAGCACCAGUGGACCCAGCAAUCUCAAUGUCACGGCCACCGGGAAGAGUGAGUUUGUAAAGGCCGCUCUGGACUAUCGUGUGCAUGUCUCAAAUGGGCAUUUGAAGACGAAUCUUGGCAUGCUCGCGAAGGUAACCGCCUCGGACUCCAAGGAGAUGCUGUGGGAGUUCUAUGUGGGCUCGCCGAUAGUCAAUCUGAAUCUGUGCGGAAAGUACGCCAUGCUGUGCUCCCUGGACGGGAGCAUGCGCCUCAUUUCCAUGGAGACGGGCUGCCCGGUCUUUCCGGCCAUCUCGCUGACCAGCUCGGCAGUGCAUUGCGCUUUUAGUCCCGACAACAGUUUGGUGGGCGUGCUGACCGAAUGCGGACUGCUGCGAAUAUGGGACAUUGCCAGGAAGGUCAUCAGUUUGGCCGCCGGCUGUUUGGAGCUGCUGAACAAGCAUGGCACCGCCGUUCAGUUCUCGGUGACCGAUCAGGGAAUGCCCCUGAUUGGCUUCCCCAGCGGCAACUCGUACUCCUACUCGACGAGCCUGCAAUCCUGGCUGGUGCUGGCCACCAAGGAUGCGAUCAUGUACCACGGCAUCCGGGGAACUUUGCCCAGGGAUAUGGACCAAAUGCAACAGAAGUUUCCGCUGCUCAGCAUGCAGGCGAGCAGUCAGAAUUACUUUUGCUUCACUGGAGGCAUGGAGCUGCGGCACUCGGAGAGCUGGCAGCAGAGUGCCAAAAUCCGUUUCAUCGAGAACCAAAUCAAGUUGUGCGAGGCUCUGCAGUCGCUGGAUGAACUGCAGCACUGGCACAAGAUGCUCACCUUUCAGUUGGCCACUCAUGGCUCUGAGAAAAGGAUGCGUGUGUUCCUGGACGAUCUGCUGAGCACUCCGGAGCCCGAAAUUUCACAGUUCGUGCUCAAAUUGGAGUUGAUGCAGUGCGUUCUGGACACCCUGAAGCCGCAUUCCGAGUGGCAGCGCCUGUACAACGAGUAUGUGGAGCUGCUCAAGGAGUGCAAGUCGGAGCGGCAGAAGGAUAUCUUUGCCACACCCGCGCCACCGCAACCAAAGGCUGCCUCCUCAGCGGGCUCUUCGCCGGCGGGCGGACCAUCUCCGGAUGAGGAGGCCCCGGAAAAGGCAGCCGCAGAAGCUGUGACCACAGGCAGCAGCACUGCAACAACCACCACCUCCGCCAGUAGCUCCAUUUCCUCCUCCUCCGGCUCGUCCUCAUCCUCAACCUCCUCCUCGUCAUCGUCGCUCUCGGUGCCACUGCCUGCUCCUAGUCUCUCCUCAGAGAUCCAAGCCAUCGACUUGCUGGACGACGAGCUGCUGUCGGCCUCAUCUUCACCACCUCCGUUGGAUGUCUCGCCCGUGGAAGCUUCGCCAGCGUCCACAGCAUCCGCAGGGGCUGCCUCCACGUCGCCGGCAGCUCCGCCAGUCUGCAGUUCCAAGGCCGCCGAAACGGCGGAGCAGACAUGACCUUGUCCUAGUGAACCCACUGAAUUGUGUUUAUUUCCCGCAGGGAUCGCAAGUAAGAGUUACUUUUUUAAAAAAAUUGACAAAUAAUUAUUAUAAAAGUUGACAAAUAACUCUUAUGCUUCAAUUUUUAUUAUAAAAAUCAACAAAUAAGAGUUAUUUGUCAACUUUUAUAAUAAAAAUUGAAAAAUAAAUCUUAUUUGUCAGUUUUUUUACAAAAAGUAACUCUUACCUGCGAUCCCUGAUUUCCCGUAAGCUAUAAGCGUCUAGUGUAGAGCCUUUUGUACCGAACUAAACUCCUGCCUCAAAAAUCAUUAAAGCUGAGCGAUGGAAGCAUUUAACUGGCUUUGUUUUCAUUUCUCCACU